UAUGAAGCUCAAACAAUAUUGGAGUCUCUUGGGGAAACAAAAUUAAUGGAUAAUUUAGUUAAGCAAAGAAGAAGAAGGGUGUCAGUUUCUGAGAACAAACAAACGGAUAUGCCAAAGCUAUCAGAACUGGCCAUAACCGAUAAUCCAGCACUAAACUGGCUGAAAAACCAAGCAUAUUGGUACGAGAAAAAUGACUACUACGACGAGAAAGAGAGCGAAUUUGCAACGUCUGUUGCAGCUGCUGCAUUUGUCAUCGCAUCAAUGGAGGAAGCCUAUAAAGAACAUGCGAAAAGAAUGAGAGAAGAAACCAAGAGGUCUCGCAAGAAGAAAACCAAUCCGGUAAUAGCUAAAUCCGAAGUAAAGAGAAUCAACAGAUCAUAUACUCAAGACUUGACCAUUGGAGAGGAGAGUUUCAAAAAACAACAGAUGGACAAUCCACAAAAGGACCGUAGGGAACAAGAGAUUGGCUCUUCCUCUAGAACAUCGGGACUUGCUUCAGCGCCAAGUAAAGCAGAUUCUUGGGAAAAAUCUCAACUCGACAAAAUCAGAUUAAGGUAUGAGAAAAUGAAAGCUGAAAUUGUGGGUUGGGAAAAUGAGAGAAAAUCAGCAGCUAAACUCAGAAUGGAGAAAAGAAAGAGUGAGUUGCAGAAAAGAACAGAAAUAAAUAACCAGCAUUAUAAGGCAAAGUUAGCACGGAUCCAAGUUAUUGCUGAUGGAGCCAAGAAACAGCUUGAGGAGAAGAAGAGGAGCCAAGAAGCUCAAGUUCAAGAAAAAGUUAAGAAAAUGCGUCGAACUGGAAAAGUCCCUGCCAAUUAUUUCUGCUUUCGAUUUAAUUACUAAAAUAAUAGUAACUAGUUCUAUUAAUUAUACUAUAUUCGUGGGUGUUGUCUAUGAAAAAAUCGAUUAAACUAUGAUUGGUAAUCUCACAAAUAAAUAGAAAGUAUGAUGUA